AUCCUGUGAAAUUUGAUGAGCAAAUCCUGUAUGGUAAACUGAUGAAGCUUCUAGAUGAAGAAAACAUAAUGCUGGACUUGCAAGCCAGUGUUGCCAGUGAAGAUUUUCCAGAGUCCGUGAUGCCUGUCAGCUCCAGUAAAGCACAUGACCUUCACAGGGAGCUUGAAGAUGAAGAGAUUCCUUCAUAUAUCGAACAGUUUGAGAGAGACGUUCAGGAUGACAUAAUUCUGCUUGGCAGCUUUUCACUGGAACAGCUGUGUGCAUCAUGCACAGAAGGUGGCUUGGGGGAUAUUUUUUCAGAGAACAUGAAACGGGAGGAAACAUGA